GAGGGGGAGGACAGAUUGAGACGCCUGUUUUUCGCAUCUGAUCGGAGCGUGAAGUUAUGUGCAUUUGAAUUUGGGAGGAGGGGAUGAUGAAGAGGAAGAGGAAGAGGGGGGGGGUGAUGAAGAGGUCUGACGGCUGCAGGAUUCCAUCACUCUUAGCAACGGUUAUUGAGUUACCGGGGAAACGCUGUGCGAUGUUCUCUGCUUCUCUUUUGUUUGCCUCCUCCUCCUCCUCUUCCUCCUCCUCCUCCUCCUCCUCCUCCUCCUCCUCCUCCUCCUCCUCCUCCUCCUCCUCCUACUCCUCCUCUUCCUCCCUCUCUCUCUCCAUCCUGACUUCCUGCCUGCGUUGCCACAGCGAUGCUUUGGGACAGUUGAGCUGAAAUCAUCUUUGCCGCCGCAGUGCCGAGACGAGGAGGAAAGAAAGUCUCCAGCUUGUUUACUUGUUGGCUUUCUCUUCAUCCAAAAGAACACAAAGACGCCGUCAGUGUUUCGCAGCUCUGCAACUUUUUAAAGAAACAGUUUUUUGUCACCUUUAACCCCUUGGCGAAGAUCACCAGAGGUCAACGCUUUUGUUUGUGGAAACCAACAACAGGAAGUUGCAUGAAGUUGGAACGAGACAAAGCGUCACAUGUCUUUACAACUCCGUCAGUCUGAGAGGCGUUCAAACUCUGCUGCGUGAAAACACUCAGACAACUCCUGAAAAACACUUUCUCUGCAAACAAGGAGAUGAACAAGGAGGCGGAGGAGGAGGCGCAGCUGCAAGAGGAGGUGAAGGAGGAUGAAGAGCGAGAGGAAGAGGAGGAGAAGCAGGAGGAGGUGCUGCAGAAAAAGGUGAAGGGAUGUGAGGAAGAGUUGCAACAGGAGCAGGACAAGGUGCAGCAGAGUGUGGAAGAGGAGGAGGAGGAGGAAGAGGAAGAGGAAGAGGAGAUGUCUCAGACUGAGGAUCUGCAGACGCAGGAGAAGCAGCAAACUGAGCACGAGACGCAGAUCGUGGAGUUUGAGGAACACAAUUACAACGACCAGGUCCUGUUCCGACUGAGAGGGAUUCUGGACAAAGUGAAGGUGUUGUCUCUGAUGCUCCACGCUGCAGACAUCAGUCACCCCGCUAAAGCCUGGCCGCUGCACUACCGCUGGACCCACAGCCUGAUGGAGGAGUUCUUCAGACAGGGAGAUAAAGAGGUGGAGCUCGGCCUUCCCUUUUCUCCUCUCUGUGACCGCAAAGCCACCAUGAUCGCCCAAUCACAGAUCGGUUUCAUCGACUUCAUCGUGGAGCCGACUUUCAGCGUUCUGAUCGACACGACGGAGAAAGUGAUUGGUCCUCUGAUCGAAGAGGACAGGAAGGCAAGAGAGACAGGGACCAGGAGGUCGAGCCUCACAGGAAGUGGUUCCGUUACCGUGGAGGCAGUGCAGAGACACAGCAGCAGUCGCCAUGGGAACAGCGAUGACGGACAGCUGGACUUCUCUCUGACGGCCAUCGACCUGCCGGCUAUGAAGCAAAACCUGUCGGACGUGAUCGGGAGCAACAAGGACCGCUGGAAAGAGCUGUCUGUGCACGAGCUGGCCAGCAAGGAGAAGGCAGACAAAGAGGAAGAGCAGUCCAACGUCAACUCAGACGUUCAAUCAAAUGCCUCGCCCAGUCACAGUGUCCCUGAUGGACAAACGACGGACCAAUCACAGGAGGGCUCCCCGCCUGAUGAAGAGAGGCAGGACGACACGCCUCCUGUCCACCUGACAUGCAACGGGGCGGGGCUAGCGGAGGAGAAAGAGGACGAGGAGGAAGUGCCUGAAAAAGCCUGAUGGCUUCACGUUGAAAAUGGAUAUGUGUGUGGCGGAUCACCUCAAGUGCGGUGCAGUGACGGCAAGAGUUUGGACUUGUGUGUUUUAAACACAGCAGUGACUCAGCGGCCCCUCAGUGGCCCCCUAAAGAAGGAGCUUAUGUUUACAACCGACCAUGAAUAAAAAAAUGCAUUCAAAGUGACGACAUUCAUCAGAUUAAAGCUUCUUAGCAACUUCAUGGUCCAUUCACUGUGGUGAAAGUGUUUUAUGGUUGUACUACUAGAGGCUCAGAGGAACAAUGUCUGUGAAAGUGAAAUGUCAAUAUUUGAAAUGUAAAUAAAAACAGACGGGUUGAAAACCAAA